GCUGGGGGCAGGGCCAGGUCGCUGGACAAACAGAUCAAAGGUGAGAACAGCAUGGGACUCCAGACUGGGCUCAGCCAGCCAGACCAGCACACCAUGAGGCUGCUGAUCCUCCUGGGCCUGCUGUGUGGCUCAGCGGCUGUACCCGCUGGCCCUCAGUGGCCUGAGCCUGUGUUUGGGCGCCUGGCAUCCCCUGGCUUCCCAGGGAAGUACGCCAAUGACCAGGAGCAGCGCUGGACCCUGACGGCACCCCCUGGCUACCGCCUGCGCCUCUACUUCACCCACUUUGACCUGGAGCUCUCCUACCGCUGCGAGUACGACUUCGUCAAGUUGAGCUCAGGGACGAAGGUGCUGGCCACGCUGUGCGGGCAGGAAAGCACGGACACAGAGCGGGCGCCUGGCAACGACACCUUCUACUCGCUGGGCCCCCGCCUGGACGUCACCUUUCGUUCAGACUACUCCAACGAGAAGCCGUUCACGGGCUUCGAGGCCUUCUAUGCAGCAGAGGACAUCAAUGAGUGUCAGGCGCCCCCCGGAGAAGCACCCCCCUGCGACCACCACUGCCAUAACCACUUGGGCGGCUUCUACUGUUCCUGCCGUGCCGGCUACGUCCUUCACGAGAACAAGCGCACCUGCUCAGCCCUGUGCUCAGACCAGGUCUUCACCGAGCGGACUGGGGAGCUCAGCAGCCCCGAAUACCCACGGCCGUACCCCAAACUCUCCAGGUGCACUUACCACAUCCGCCUGGAGGAGGGGUUCAGUGUCAUCCUGGACUUCGUGGAGCCCUUUGACGUGGAGAUGCACCCCGAAGUCCAGUGCCCUUACGACUCCCUCAAGAUUCAAACAGAAAAAGAGCAAUAUGGCCCAUUUUGUGGGGAAACGUUGCCCCAUAGAAUUGAAACAAAGAGCCACGCUGUGACCAUCACCUUUGUCACCGAUCAGUCAGGGGACCACACAGGCUGGAAGAUCCACUACAGUAGCACAGCUCAGCCUUGCCCUUAUCCGAUGGCACCACCUAACGGCCACAUCUCACCUGCGCAAGCCAAAUACAUCCUCAAAGACAGCUUCUCCAUCUUUUGCGACACUGGCUACGAGCUUCUGCGUGGUCAUUUGCCCCUGAAGUCAUUUGCUGCAGUCUGUCAGAAAGAUGGAUCUUGGGACCAACCGAUGCCAGCAUGCAGCAUUGUCGACUGUGGCCCCCCUGAGAAUCUACCCAAUGGCCAAGUGAAGUACAUCACAGGUCCUGAGGUGACCACGUACAAAGCUGUGAUCCAGUACAGCUGUAAAGAGACCUUCUACACAAUGAAAACAGAUGAUGGUAAAUAUGUGUGUGAGGCUGAUGGAUUCUGGACGAGCUCCAAAGGAGAAAAAUCACUCCCAGUCUGUGAGCCUGUUUGUGGACUAUCAAACCAUACUACAAAAGGUCGUAUAUAUGGAGGGCAAAACGCAAAGCUUGGGGACUUUCCUUGGCAAGUCCUGUUACUAGGCUCAACUACAGCAGCAGGAGCACUUUUGUAUGACAACUGGAUCCUAACAGCUGCUCAUGCCGUGUAUGAGCAGAAAGAUGAGGUAUCCUCCCUGGACAUUCGAAUGGGUGCCCUGAAGAGACUGUCAUCUGAUUACACACAAGCCUGGGCUGAGGCUGUUUUCAUACAUGAAGGUUACACUCAUAAUGCUGGUUUUGACAAUGACAUAGCACUGAUUAAAUUGAAGAACAAAGUUGAAAUCAAUAGCAACAUCAUACCCAUCUGUCUGCCAAGAAAAGCAGCUGAAUCCUUUAUGAGGAUAAAUGAUACUGGAACCGUAUCUGGAUGGGGAUUAACCCAAAGAGGUUUUCUUGCUAGAACUCUACAGUUUGUUGAUAUACCAGUUGUUGAUCAUCAAAAAUGUACUGAUGCAUAUGAAAAGAAGCCCUACCCAGGGGGAAAGGUAACUGAUAACAUGCUUUGUGCAGGCUUAGAAAGCGGGGGUAAGGACAGCUGUAAAGGGGACAGUGGAGGGGCAUUAGUAUUUUUGGAUAAUGAAACUGGGAAGUGGUUUGUGGGAGGAAUAGUGUCCUGGGGUUCCAUUAAUUGUGGGGAAGCAGAUCAGUAUGGAGUCUACACAAAAGUCAUUAACUACAUUCCCUGGAUCAAGAACAUAAUUAGUAAUUCUUAAUUUAUAUGCCUUAAAUCAAUAAAUGAUUUAUUUUUAGAAGACACUAUAACAAAUCUUAGUGACAAUGUGAUCUGUGAAGCAUUAGCAUGGCAGUUGUUUCACCUCCAAAAUACAACAAAAUUCCAGGUGAGACUGCUGUUGCAGAUACUUCUCAACUUGCUAAUUCAAGAGGACAAACUAUUAUAGUGUUCAUCUUUGUCAACUCAAUGCAUUGUUUAAAUUGCAUUCAAGUAUUUACGAAGUUCAAUAUAUUUUCAAACUGGC